GUUUAUGUUGUUAGUGUAUGUUGCGUCGUUUCCCGUACGGAUAAUAGCAGUAUAGAAAAUUAAUUAGGUCUACCCGGAAAAUGUAAACUGGAACACAUUAUCCAACGGUCGUAAAUUUUGGCAUAUGGCAACAUGGACAUCACAAAUUGGUUACUGGACAUACAACAACAGUUUACAUAAAGGUCAUCAUGAGGCACAAGUCAGUGACUGACCCUCUGCACUUAGGAUGGCUGCUCUAUUUGGCUUUACUGAUGGAACUCACACAAACUGGCAAUGCAGUUUCACUUGAUUUGCGGCCAGAGUAUGAUGUCUGCAACCCCAAAACAGCCUUCACUGGCCCCAAUUCAAUCUACAUGAGUGCCCUAGGGGACACCACAGAGGUGUUUGCUAAUUGGACCUCCAGCCCAUCAUCCAGAUGUGAGCUGUUUAUCAAGACCUGCUCCUCUUGUCGUAUAAGAAUUGAGGCAGUCAAUUCCUUCAACUUCACCGCACCACAGGAAUCUCGUUAUAGAACACAGAGUGGAGACUCAGACUGUGACCGGGGAUAUUAUUUUCAACUUUAUGAUGCUGAUUACAAAAAUCAAACCAGCCUGCGCGUGUAUUCCUCUGUCUUACCAAACAACUACAGUAGCAUGUCAUCAAAGCUCUAUAUUAUUUCAUGUGGAUCAACCCCAGCAUCUUCUCCUUAUUUUGAAGCUACAAAUCUUACAAUAAGACUGCGCUUGACUGUUGAAGAAAAGAGUCAAACUAUUUCUGGUACAAAUAACGGCAACAUUUAUCUACUUAGUAGUCCAUACUUCCCAUCAUCCUAUGUACCAAACAGCGAGCAGUAUAUUUUCAACUUUAAUGGGCUGCAACAAACAGAUUAUGUAACUUUUACGUUUGAUGACUGGCUUAUUUCCCCUGCUGCUAAAGUUAUUUUCACAGGUGCAAAUGUCCAUGACUUAAGUGGAGAUAGCAACAGGCCUUAUGUCAUAUCAGACGGCUCAUCAGUGACCAUGACCUUUGAUACUGGCUUGAACACUUACGCUGGAUUGACCAUUCCGGGUUUCAAGGCAGUGGCAAGAUUCUAUUCUGACAGAACAGAAAUACCAACUGUGGAAAUGGGCUGUGACCAUUUGAUAACCGCUGAAGGUGGGAUAAUCUCAUUAGAAGAGGUAGCAGAUGGAAAAAAUCAUGACUGUAUAUGGCUGAUCAAGAAGGCACCAGGCUAUGAUGGAGUGUACCUUAAAGUGGUGCGCUACAGAGCAACUUCAGGGGAUUCCAGUUUGGAAGUAAAUGAUGGUCUGACAUCCCUGGGCAACAAACUGAUAGCUCCUGGUGCUCUCUCCUAUGUCAACACUGAGGCCUUCUUGUCCAGAGAGGGCUUCUACAUUCGUUUGAAAGGGAGUUACAUGUAUGAUGAUUCACUCAAGAUAGCCUAUGCCAUGUACAAGAAUGAUUGUUCUGACAGCUAUUUUUACUUUAAAUGUUCCAAUGGACGUUGUAUAUCAGCAACUUACAAGUGUGAUACAUAUGAUCACUGUGGUGAUAGAAGUGAUGAAGCUUCCUCUGUGUGCAACGCUGCGUCUGUGGACAGAGGCUACUCAUCUGACAGCUACCCCAUCAGUGUUGGUGUCAUCGUGCCCAUGGUUGUUUCUGUCUUCCUAGUGAUCGUCAUUUGUCUCCUGAUUGUCUUCAUUAGACGCUGCCGGCGCUUGGACAACUCUGCCUUUGGGAACCCAAUGCAAUCCAACCCCCAGAACCGAGGUCGGCGAAGGCGCAGACACAACCCCAGUGUACAGAUGAGUGUGACGGUGAGUUCUGGAGAGCACCCACCAUCUUAUGAUGAGGUCCUACAGAACACACCUAUUGGGUAUCUGAACAUGGCAGUGUGUUGGUCUCAAGAGGGUGGCCCAGCCCAGCCCCCCUCGUACGAAGAGGCCAUUUCUCCCCCUCCCAGCAUCACCCCAGCCCAGAGUGCCCAGUCCAUCCUCACAUCAACAACUGUGGUAGGGAGCACCAACAGCCUUCACCUCCUCGGCACCGCCAGACUCAACUCCCCGCAGCACCCCUCCCUCACCAGAGCAACCCUCACAGCCUCCAUGGACCCUGGGGCGUACGUCUCAUCAUCAAGCUCAUCCGAGGAUGCUUCAGAUCCAGACAGCCACAUAGACCUGUCCUCCUCAUCCGACUCAUCAACAGAUAAUGAACAUAAUUUAUUCACUGCCAGCCUCACCCACUCGAGAUCGUAUCAUGAUGUCAACAAGCCUGACAAAAAUGAAAACAAACCAAUGCUAGUUGGAGGGAAGGAUGAUAAUGAUAACUUUAGAGUUGAGCUGGGCCCAGAGAACACAGCUAAACUUGUCAACAACAGAAAUAGCCAGCAGAAAGAAGGGCAAGAGGCCGCAGCAGACGCGAGCUUAAGACAGCGGGAUGAAAGAAAGAAUGACAAAAAUAGAACUCGCAGAGGUCAAGGACAUCAGAGAAGAGAGACAGAAAGAGGAGAAAAUACAGGGAGUGAGAUAUAUGCAAGUAGGGAUGGCCUAAAUAGGAGUGCUAGUAGAGAUGGCCUCAAUAGGAGUGCUAGUAGAGAUGGCCUCAAUAGGAGUACUAGUAGAGAUGGCCUCAAUAUGAAUGCAAGUAGGGAUGGACUAAAUAGGAGUGCUAGCAGGGAUGGACUAAAUAGGAGUACAAGUAGGGAUGGCCUCAAUAGGAGUGCUAGUAGAGAUGGCCUUAAUGUACAUGCAAGUAGAGAUAGCCCAAAUAUGAGUCAUGCCUCAGAUUCCAGAUCUGGUGCCAGAAGUGAGAAUGCUGCGAGGGAUGGCGUGUAUUAUAAAAAGAAUCAGCAAAGAGGGGCUCAUGCUGGUGUAUAUUCUAAGAUACCCAGUGUGACGGAAAGUUCAAGGUCACAGAGCUGCACCAACCUUUACUUUGGAGGGGGUGGGGCUGGUCUGGAGGAUGAAGACAUCAGACAUGAGGACAAGAGGUUUAGUUACGCUGGGUACGGGGAUGUCUCGCUCAAGAGAAGUGACCUUGACCCCUUCCUCUCAGGACGAGGCUUGGUCCGGGACCGCCCAGUGGAGAAUUUAAACGGCUACACAGCCCAGAGCUGCAGCAACCUGAGGGGUGACUACAGCAGCAGCAAAAUGCCAGACAGCAGACAGCAUCAGUCAGCCAAGCCCCUCUACCCCAGCAAGGAAGCAGCAGCCCACAGCAGAGAGAAACAUCACGCCAGCAGCUUGUCCUUGGCUAGCUCUCACAGUAUGUCUCUAAGUGCUGUCCCUGAAGACCAUUCAGCCCAGUACACCAAAUAUGAGGAUAGAAAGCAUCCCAACCGAACAAGGAAAGCUCCAGAUGGCAGGUACCCAGCUAGCAGAGAUGAAGAAAUAAUGGCUAAACACAGGAGCUGGCACGAUUCUACACCAACAUCAGCAGACAUCCACCAGCAAAGAAUCCCCGGUACGAGGUCAGCUAGUGUACAAAACUUAGAAGCAGGACCUCGGGUAAAUUUGUCAGCACCAACUCCAAGACAGAAUUCCAGAGAAGAAAACUUUCCCAGACAGAUUUCAGGUGAUGGGAUGUCUUCAGGGCAGGAACCAAGGCAACUCAAUGAUGAGAGGCACGGGCAUACUGCUGGGGCUAGACACUCCGACAAUCUAGGCCCACAAUCUGCCCAUGCUAGGUCAGGGCAGGACAGCUAUCACAGGGGGGCGCCGAGAUCAAACCCAGAACCAAUCUACCAAACACCAUCACAGGCCAACAGACAACAGCCAACAAAACAGCAACCAGACAUUUCCAGAUCUUCUGGGAAACAUCUAGAGCCUAUUUACCAAACACCAAAAGUUGACUCAGAAAUUAAAACUAAGUCAUCCACUCCAGAACCAAUUUAUCAGACUCCAAGGAACACGCCCGUCCAGCACCCCUACCCUGCUCAGCAGGCUCAUCAAGCGAGGUCUAGGCCGAUUCCCCCUAUGCAAAACAAACCAGUUCCUGCACCUCGCCAAGGAAUUAAAAAAUCACCUGCCCAACAGAGUGAAACCAGGCCUGUCCCAGUGUCAAGGUCACAGAGUGGACACACCUCUCGAGGUAACCCACCACCUCGGAGCCCUGCUCAGCUGUCCCCCCAGGUAGGUCCACCACACCAAGGUCCACCACACCAAGGUCCACCACACCAAGGUCCACCACACCAAGGUCCACCACACCAAGGUCCACCACACCAAGGUCCACCACACCAAAGUCCACCAUACCAAGGUCCACCACACCAAGGUCCACCACAUCAAGGUCCACCACACCAAGGUCCACCACACCAAGGUCCACCACACCAAGGUCCACCACAUCAAGGUCCACCACGCCAAGGUCCACCACGUCAAGGUCCACCACGCCAAGGUCCACCACACCAAGGUCCACCACACCAAGCGUCUCAUCACAACACAGCUCAAGGGGAUGAAGGCAGGAGAACAGAACCCAGUCCUGAAGCUCAAGGAGUUUUAACCUUAGAUCCUAAGUUUUUUGACCAAGCAGAGAAGGAUGUGUUUGUGUAAAUGUAGAUCUUGACUUGCUAAAUUUGUACUGUACUAUUUAUAGCAAACUGACAAGAAUGCCUUACUUGUAUACACUGGUAUCAAUGGGAUCUUUACUCAUGUUUCCAAUUGUCAGCCAGUUUAUUCAAAACAUUCCAUAAUAUAUUAAUUUACAUAUAUUUUAAAAAGAGCUUAUGUAUAUAAUUUUAAUGCAAAGUUUGAAAUACUAAACAAAUUGUAUAUUUUGUUUUUACUUUUUUAGUUACUUUUUUCAUAAGUUUUUUACUAUAAUUUUAUUUAGUAGUAAAACUUAACUGUAUAACAGUAGUAUUUUAUACAGUAUUUGUUUAUAUUUUUUUAAAAACUUGGUACAUUUUAAUUACUGGUAUAAAAAAAUAUACUUAAACAUUCCAAUGUAAUUGAUAGCUUAAAAUUUUCUCAGAUAUUUUUUCAAUAUUUUAAAUUAAGAAAAUGAUUAAAUUUGUGCCUUUUUUCCCAUAAUUUACAAAUUUUACAAGAAAAUAAGAAUGUUUUUAAUAAAAUAGUGAAAUCUGAGACUUGUUUGAUGAGUUUGUAAUAGUUACCCAGUUAUGAUCCACAUAGUUGUGAACUUUAUUGUAGUUUCUAGUGGCAUAGCUUUGAUGUCCUCAGUUAUCUAAGCCUUUUAUGCUAACAUUUCCACUUUGUUUAAAUAGGAAUGUGUUAAAUGUAUCUUUCUGAGAAAAACAUUUUGUUUUGAAUAGAAAAUGUAGUAGAGUAAUGUUCUUGUAUUUUAGUGUACAGCUAAAAAAUUCAGAUCGAUUUAUUUUGUGUACAUUCAGUUUGUGUACAUUCCAAUUUAUUUACACUACACACAUCAGCUGUGUAAGCAGCUAGAUCAGUCAACAUUCAAAUACAACACACUUCUGUAAAUAAACAAUUGCUUUCAAAAGUUUUAUGUUUUUAUUCAAAUAAAGGUUUAAAAUGUGUAACCUUAAACACCAUUGUAUCAGGCAAGAUACACACACACACAAAACAUGAAUAAAAUCACGAAAGCAGAAAAACAGACUCACAAUUUAACAAUUUUAAAUCAAGUAUUUGAUUGUUGUGUAUUAUACAUGUUCACAGUGCUAUUUUACAUGUACACAUUCCAGUACAACUGAAACAAAUUCUUUGUAUUUACAAUUUGUUUUUUGUAUAUACCAACACUAACAAGAAUUGUAAAUAUAGGCCAAUUGUUUUUGUACAUUUGUUUCUUUACAUUUUAACUGAAUGGAAGAUAUGUCCAAUAAAACAUGUACAUCACU